AUGGAAAACCAAAGUACAGAGGAGAAAAAGGGUGGGAAAUGUGGAGGAGAUUAUAAACACUUGGUGCUAGGAAAGUUUACACAAGAAACAACUCAACAAGAGAUAGAUGAUCUCAUCAAGGGUUAUGCCAAUCUCGUCUCUCUCGUCCCUCCCAUGAUAUCAUUUCGCUGGGGCAAGGAUGUGAGCCAGGAGAAUUUGAACCAAGGUUAUACCUAUAUCUUCGAGUCGACCUUUGACAGCACAGAAGAUAUUGCAGAAUAUGUAGCUCAUCCUGCUCAUGUCGAAUAUGCAAAUAAAUUACUCCCUAAAUUGGAGAAAGUGAUCAUCGUCGAUUACAAACCUGUUGCUGUUCAUCCCUGA